GCGGCCUCCGCGUCACCCGCGCCCGCGGUGGCCACAACAUGGCUGCGGCGCCGGGGCUGCUAUUCUGGCUGUUCCUGCUCGGGGCGCUCUGGUGGGUCCCGGGCCAGCCGGACCUCAGCCCCGGACGGCGCUUCUCGGACCUCAAAGUGUGCGGGGACGCAGAGUGCAGCAUGUUAAUGUACCGUGGUAAAGCUCUUGAAGACUUCACGGGCCCAGAUUGUCGUUUUGUGAAUUUUAAGAAAGGUGAUGACGUAUAUGUCUACUACAAACUGGCAGAGGGAUCCCCUGAAGUUUGGGCUGGAAGUGUCAGACAGAGUUUUGGAUAUUUUCCAAAAGAUCUGAUCAAAGUCCUUCAUAAAUACACAGAGGAAGAGCUGCGCGUCCCGGCAGACGAGACAGAUUUUGUCUGCUUUGAAGGAGGAAGAGACGAUUUUAACAGUUAUAAUAUAGAAGAGCUUUUAGGAUUUUUGGAACUGGAGGACUCUGUACCUGAAAAGUUGGAGAAAGCUGCAGAAGUUUCUCAGCACAGAGAGAAAUCUCCCGAAGGGUCUCGGGAGCAUGAACUUGACCUUGCAUCUGAGCCCGAGGUGGUCAGAGUUGAUUCAGAGGAUGGAGAAGGUGCUUUCUCAGAGAGCACUGAGGAACUGCAGGGACAGCCCUCAGCUCAGGAGAGCUCCCUGCAUCCCGACACUGCAGCGGCUAACACUCAGGGAGUGCAGUCUUCAUUGGACACUUUUGAAGAAAUUCUGCACGAUAAAUUAAAAGUGCCAGGAACUGAAAACAGAACUGGCAAUAGUUCCCCUGCCUCAGUGGAGCAGGAGAAGACAGAUGCUUACCAAGUCCUGAGAACAGAAAUGAGUAUUGACCUGAAAACCAAGUUUGGCUCAACUGCUGAUGCCCUUGUGUCUGAUGAUGAGGCAACCAGACUGGUCACUUCAUUGGAGGACGGCUUCGAUGAAGAACUGGACGCUGAGUAUUAUCUAAUGGAUGAUGAAGAGGAGCACACAGACAGCUCUGAUGAGCUACCAUUACUCACUUUUGUGGACAACGAUGAGAAAGCCCCUGGCGAGCCCACAAUGGAGAAAUAUUUAACAGAUAAAGAUCCGAACUUGAGUGAGGAGGAUAAAGUUGAACCCGCUCUGGCUCCUGGCGUCAGAAAUGACAAUAAAGAUGUAUUGACCACCUGGGGGGAUACUUUCUUUUCCAUUGUCACAGGAGGUGAAGGAAAAUCAGGUGUGGUGGAUUUAGAGAGAUCUCUCCAGGAGGAGGACCUGUUAGCUUCAUCUAGCCAUCAGAGGAAGCCACGGCCAACACCUGGCUAUCCAGCCCGUGAUGACGAAGGUGGUGAUCAUCUUGUAGAAGAGCCCAAAACAAGUGAUGCAAAGGACUCAGAAACAGAUCCAGAACUUGUGAAUACAGGAGAAGGAAAGGACGUACAGGAAUCCAAGGGAGGCCUGGCACAUCCUGAGUCAGAGGAUGCCAAAUCAGAAACGGCGAGUGCUUAUCGUCCUCAGAAUAGCAAGCUCAACCCUUUGCCAGCUGCUGCAAAGGGCAAAGACUUUACACUGAAAGCUGUCUUUGAAAAAAAAGAAAAUGGCCUAAAGGAACCAGUUAUCCAUAUCUCCAAGGAAACAGUUCAUGAAGACAAGACCAGAGAGAUGGAGGGAGGUGGCUUGGAGAGUGAAUUAGUACACAGAGCUGCCAGGAGUUCAGAGGUGGAAAAUAACAAGCACCAACCCUUGGGUGUUGCACCACUCGUGGGGAAUAAUAAGCCUGAUGCAUCCAAAGACAGUACAGAGGUCCCAGACACUUCUGUCAGUGGAUCAAAAGCAGGCCAACAGGAGGGAUUUCGAGAACCAGGUCUUAAAACUCAGAAUCAACCUAGAUUCUCCCCUCCAGAGGAAACUGGUCUCUCAAGAGAACUGGGGGGGAAAGUUCCUAUUUCGGGAAGAAAUCUUUCUCGGCAGCAAGAGCGAGACGUAGCUGCUGUAGUCAGUAAGCAUGCGGAUGAGAAGACAGGGUUUCCAGAGGAGGAGGGCAGGGAAGACCUAACAGAUGCAGAGCCACCCAAGGUCACACAAAGGACGCAGGAGGCUGAGAGCCCGGAAGUUCUGAGUGUCCAACCUGGAAAGCCAGAAGUGGAGGAGGAGGAGGAGCACGAUCCCCAUGAGGUGCUGCUGGAGGAUGAAAAUGCCGUGAGUGCACAGCAGUCCAGAGAAAAUCACCCCAGCGCUCACGGCGGAAGGCCAGAUAUGAAUUCUCAAGUUUUUGAAAAAGUAAUUUUGGGGACCCUUAAUCUUAACACUGAAAAAAACAAACACCCAGAUAAUGUGAUUUUGGAUACGGGAAAAAAGAGUGAAACCACAUCUGAAGAGGCAGGUGAUAUGGGCAAGGAGUCAGGUAGCAUGGUGGUGGACAGAGAAGAAAGCCACGUGGCAGAUGUGAGAGCCCAGGGGCCCUCUCAGGUCCACAGCCUUCCAGACAAGAAAGGAGCUCAGACUCCAGGCUCCAAGGAAGCUGUUCUGAGGGAAAAUCCUAGUGAUUUACAAAAAGACAACCCGGAGGGGCCACUCAAUACCUUGGGACUUGAAGACCCUGGGGGAGAAGAAAUCUCAGGAGGGGAACUGGAAGAUACCAAGAAGCUUGGAGACUCAGAAAGCCAGGGGCCUGAUGCUGAAGACCUUGGGGAUGACCCGUCCCAGCGAGCUACACCCGAAAUUCCUGACAUAGUGCUCAAGAGUAUAAGGGAAGACAUGCCUAUCAUAAACAGUUUCUUCAAGGACGACCAACAGUCCCUGUAUCGCUUCCUGAAGUACUUCGAUGUUCGUGAGCUGGAGGGCUUGCUCCAAGACAUGUCAAUAAAGCUGAGAUCAGCACAUCGGGACAGCCUGCCAUACAACAUGGAGAAAGUCCUAGAUAAAGUCUUCCGUGCCUCCGAGUCACUAAUUCUGAGUGUGGCAGAGAAAAUGCUUGAUACACCAGUGUCCAAAAUUAGGGACCUGGAUGCAAAAGAGAACAGUGCGUUGGAAGAAGCUGAGGUGUUGGAUGACAUACAAGACCUGAUCUAUUUUGUCAGGUAUCAAUACUCUGGCGUGGAGACUGCCCCAUUAGCCACACCUCCACCUCCGGAGGAAGGCUGGGCUGGACCAGGAGAAGAGAUGCAGCCAGCCCAGCAAGACAGAUUACCACAAGAAAACACAGGAGAUAUCAGUGUGCAGGUUUCGGAGGACCCUAAUCUCUUAGAUCAACCAGUGACCAGCGUGCAGCUUCCAGAAGAGCCCGAUCUCUUGGAUCAACCUGUGACCAGCGCGCAGCUUCCAGAGGACACCGAUGUCUUGAAUCAACCCGUGACUGAGUACACAAGUGCCUCCAAGAUAUCACAGAAGCCAAGUACCGAGAAAGAAAUAGAUCUAGGUUUUGUACCCGAAGGUGGUCCUGUCGGGGCUGAUGAUAUAGAAAAGCAACAAGAGAGAACUGCAGAGCGGCCAGCAGAUGCCCCGCCUCUGGAAAGUACAUCUGGUUCCCUGUACUCCUUCAUCCUCUACUUAAGUAAGAUGCUAGUUGCCACGCUGCCUGACAGUGUUCAGCCCGGGCCUGACUUCUAUGGACUGCCAUGGCAGCCUGUGGUCGUCACUGCAGUUCUGGGAGUUGUUUCCUUUGCGAUUUUCUCCUGGAGAACUAUUCUUGUUGUAAAGAGUAGAAUAUAUCAAGUUACUGAGAAACAAAUUUCUGAAAAGUUGGAGAACAUCAAGAAAGAAAAUGCAGAACUUAUGCAAAAAUUGUCAAGUUAUGAACAAAAGAUCAAGGAGUCAAAGAAAUAUGUUCAAGAAACCAAGAAACAAAACCUGAUUCUCUCUGAUGAAGCUAUUAAGUACAAGGAUAAAAUCAAGGUACUUGAAGAAACUAAUGUAAGUUUGGGUGACAAAGCCAAAAGCCUUCGUCUUCAGUUAGAGUCUGAGAGAGAGCAGAACGCCAAGAACCAGGACUUGAUACUGGAAAACAAGAAGUCCAUUGAGAAGUUGAAGGAUGUCAUUUCGAUGAAUGCAUCAGAACUUUCAGAAGUUCAAGUUGCCCUUAAUGAAGCCAAGCUCAGUGAAGAGAAUGUAAAGUCUGAAUGCCAUCGGGUUCAAGAAGAAAAUGCCAGGCUUAAGAAGAAGAAAGAGCAGUUGCAGCAGCAGAUUGAAGAGUGGAGCAGAUCACAUGCUGAGCUCACUGAACAGAUCAGGUCGUUUGAGAUGUCCCAGAAAGACUUGGAAGCAGCUCUUACUCACAAGGACGACAACAUCAGUGCUUUGACUAAUUGCAUCACACAGUUGAAUCGGUUAGAAUGUGAACUUGAAUCUGAGGAUGCAGAUAAAGGAGGAAAUGAGUCAGAUGAGCUGGCCAAUGGAGAAAUGGGAGGUGACCGGAGCGAGAAGAUAAAAAAUAGAAUAAAGCAGAUGAUGGACGUCUCUCGGACACAAACUGCAGUCUCGAUAGUUGAAGAGGAUCUAAAACUUUUACAACUUAAGCUAAGAGCAUCGAUGUCCACUAAAUGUAACCUGGAAGACCAAAUCAAGAAAUUGGAAGAUGACCGCAGCUCGCUGCAGACUGCUAAAGCUGGGUUGGAAGACGAGUGCAAAACUCUGAGGCAGAAAGUGGAGAUCCUGAAUGAGCUCUACCAGCAGAAGGAGAUGGCACUGCAGAAGAAACUGAGUCAAGAAGAGUAUGAACGGCAAGACAGAGAGCAGAAACUAACGGCAGCCGAUGAAAAGGUGGUUCUGGCUGCAGAGGAAGUGAAAACUUACAAGCGGCGAAUUGAAGAAAUGGAAGAAGAAUUACAGAAAACAGAACGCUCAUUCAAAAACCAGAUUGCUGCCCAUGAGAAGAAAGCUCAUGAUAACUGGCUCAAAGCUCGUGCUGCAGAGAGAGCCAUGGCAGAGGAGAAGAGAGAAGCUGCUAACUUACGGCACAAAUUACUGGAAAUGACUCAAAAGAUGGCGAUGAGACAAGAUGAACCUGUGAUCGUAAAACCAAUGCCAGGAAGACCAAACACACAGAACCCUCCUCGGCGAGGUCUACUGAGCCAGAAUGGCUCUUUUGGCCCAUCCCCUGUGAGUGGUGGAGAAUGUUCCCCUCCCCUACCAGUAGAGUCACCUGGGAGACCUCUCUCUGCCACACUCAGUCGAAGAGACACUCCUAGAAGUGAAUUUGGGUCACUGGACAGGCAUUUACCUCGUCCUCGAUGGCCAUCAGAGGCCUCUGGGAAACACUCUGCUUCUGACCCAGGUCCACCUCCUGUGGUGAACAGCAGCUCCAGGAGCUCUUCUCCCGCUAAGGCCAUGGAUGAGGGCAAGCAAACUGUUCCCCAAGAGCCCGAAGGCCCCUCAGUCUCCAGCACUGCCCCUUUAGCUGAGCAUCCAGUAGCAGUUAACAUGGCUCCCAAAGGGCCACCUCCAUUUCCAGGGGUGCCUCUCAUGGGAGGCCCAGUGCCACCACCUAUACGAUAUGGACCACCUCCUCAGCUAUGUGGGCCUUUUGGGCCUCGCCCACUUCCUCCACCAUUUGUUCCAGGCAUGCGUCCACCACUAGGUGUAAGAGAAUAUGCACCAGGUGUUCUGCCUGGGAAACGGGACCUGCCUGUUGACCCUCGGGAAUUUGUACCAGGACAUACACCAUUUAGACCUCCAGGUUCACUUGGUCCAAGAGAGUUCUUUAUUCCUGGUACCCGAUUACCACCUCCGUCCCACGGUCCUCAGGAUUAUCCGCCACCACCACCUGCUUUAAGAGACUCACUGCCUUCAGGCCCAAGAGAGGAAGCCCAACCUGCCUCUCCAAGCAGUGUCCAGGACCGCUCACAGGCUUCAAAACCCACCCCUUAACUUUGACCUGUUGCUGAGUCAGAGAGGAAGUGGACAUUACUCAUUACAGCAAAGGGUUUCAUUGGCAUCAAAACCUAAAAGUUUGUUUUACAAAGAUUGUUUUUAGUACUAAGCUGCCUUGGCAGUUUGCAUUUUUGAGCCAAACAAAAAUAUAUUAUUUUCCCUUUUAAGUAAAGAUCACCUCUUAAGCUAGAACAUCCUCCCAACUUUGAAAUGUGCAAUAAAGAAUACCUGUGUUUAGUUCAUGUAGCAUAUGUAAUGAUUGCUAAAUGAUUUAGAAAUAUCAUAAAGUAUGAACAUUUCCUGUGGAAAUGCUUUAAGAACACGUAUUUCCAUGGCCUUGGUUUAGUGUAUGCCAGCUGAUUCAGAGCAAGGUGUUUACAGCUCCACGUGUGUCUCAAAGACUGUUACGCUACAAGAAGUUUACUCAAGGAUCACAAACUGUCCCCUGUUGCUAAAGUUCUUUGUAGUAAUAGUUCAUAAACUUGGUUUAUUAAUAUU